UGUUAAUGCAGGUCCAAAUGAACGAACGCAAUUUCUUCUUAGACCCAAGAACUGGAAGCAGUCUGCUACUUAAAGCUGCUGGCGAAAAGACGGGCGGGUACACAGUUGCAAAUAUGAUAUGGGAUCUCAUGCAAGCUCGAAGGAUUACACCUACACUAGCUGCUGUUGAAGCUUACUACAAAGGAUUGAAAGAACGUGAAAUUCCAGAAGAUGAUCCGAGACUCAUGUUAGUGACGAGUACAUACAAUACCUUGCGACUUAAGGAAGGGACAUUAAACAAUCGGCGUUAAAACAAAGGGAUCAAGAGGAGAAAAGAGAGUAUCAUGGCUUCUUCGUUUUUUUAUUACGCUAUUUGCUUAUUAGGAUCUCUGUAAACCAUCUUGGUAUGUUUUUCAAACCAGUUCCUUGAGUUGAAUAAGGAGACUUCAACUAGAUGAGGACUGAAUAUUAUGCUCAUUUCAAUUGCUUAACCUUGAGAGCUUUGACACUUUCAUACAAAAGCAGACAAUGUUCCAAAUAA